AUGCCAAAGAAAGCAGAGAAGAAGCAGCAGGAGAAGGUGAUCGAGGACCUGACCUUCGGGCUCAAGAACAAGAACAAGAGCAAGGUGGUCCAGAAGUACAUCAAGGGCGUCGAGCACACCGUCAAGCACAAGGGUGAGUCCAUAGCCAAGAUCGAGAGCGAGGAGUUCGAGCGCAAGAAGAAUAAGAAGAAGGAGGAGCAGGAGCAGGCCCUCCUCGAAACCAUGUUCCGGACGGUCAAGCAGGAGGCCCACGACAGCGACUCCGACGACUUCGACUCUUCCGACGACGACGCGGACCCCAAGACCAGGGUCUGCCCGUACUUCAAGCAGGGCCUGUGCAACAAAGGCAAGAAUUGCAAGUACUCCCACGACCUGAGCAUAAAGAAGGGCAAGGACAUGGACCUGCACAUCGACCAACGCACGCAGCUGCUGAUGAACGGCGAGGACGACGUCUACUUCGACGAGGAUAAGCUGCUCAAGCUCAUCGACGAGAAAAGCAGAUCCUACAACAAGCAAAAACCCACUGAGAUCGUCUGCAAGUUUUUCAUCGAGGCGGUGGAAAAGAAGAAGUACAACUGGAGCUGGAUGUGCCCCAACGGGCUGACCUGUCACUACCGCCAUUGCCUGCCCCCAGGCUACUCCAUCAGGACCGUCCUCAAGAAGAAGGAGGUGUCUGGGCUUGCCGUUGAGGCUGAGAUCGAUAUGCUGCGGGAGGAGAUGUCCGCGGGGACGGGUACGCCGGUCACCCUUGAGCGCUUCAUGCGCUGGAAGGAGGAGAAGCGUCUGCGCAGGCAGGAGGAGGAGGCCGCCGUCCGCAAGGAGGAGGAGAAGAAGGCUCGCCACGGCAAGCAGCAUAUGCUUUCUGGAAAGGCCCUCUUCGAGUUCGACGCCUCGCUGUUCGUGGAUGACGAGGAGGCGGUCGAGGAUAAGAAGAUCUACGCCAUCCGCGAAGAGGAGGAGGAGGACGAGACGGAGGCUGUCCCCGACUCCGAGGACGAAGAGCGCAAGGAAGCGGAAUGA